AUGGUUCGUACCAAGCAAACAGCUCGUAAAUCUACUGAUGGUAAGGCCCCACGAAAGCAGCUGGCUAUCAAGGUGCUAGCAAGUCAGCACGGUUACCGGUGGUGUAAAGAAGUUCAUCGUUACCGUCCAGUCCGCGCCAAACGCUCAGCAUCAAUGGUUCGUACCAAGCAAACCGCUCGUAAAUCUACUGGUGGCAAGGCCCCACGAAAGCAGCGGCUAUCAAGGCCGCUAGCAAGUCAGCACCGGCUACCGGUGGUCUCCCGAUCCGUGAAGUCGCUCAGGAUUUCAAUAGCGCUUACCGUUCGCUCCAAACACUCAGCAUCAAUGGUUCGUACCAAGCAAACCGCUCGUAAAUCUACUGGUGGCAAGGCCCCACGAAAGCAGCUGGCUAUCAAGGCUGUUAGCAAAUCAGCACGGCUACCGGCGCCAUCGCAAACUUCUUCGCGACAAUAUUCAAGGCAUCAUCAAGCCCGCCAUCCGUCGGGUCGUCUUACUCGCCGAGGUGGUGUGAAGCUCAAGUCUGAUCUAGCUCAGUUGCUAGGUUGUUCAGAGCACUGA